UGGUAGUAGGGUUGCAAUCAAUUUAACGUGUUAGGAGUAGCAAAAUUCUGCGUUCAAAAGUACGAUUAAACGACAUUGACUCAUUUUGGCCGUCUCCCCAGAAUCUUUCUCCCUAAAAUCAUACAUCUAGACAAACUCGCUGUAGAACCAUCACUGGCUUGAAUUAUACGGCAUUGUUUUUAUUUUGUAAUCGAGUUCACAAAUGUCAAGUCUCUCAACGCUGUAGCAGUUUUCGAAGAAAUAAGUUGACAUCAAAUCACAACGUGAAAUGCCAGAUUAUGUCAGCGAGCAGUAGUGAGGGGUGUGAAAGGCUUUAUUUCAUUUCAUGCGACUAGCAGACUACGUUUAAUCUCUCCGCCUUUCUUCGACUCUAAGAAGUUUUAGACCAAGCCUUCGCUAAGCUCAGCCAUGGCACGACACGGAGUUGCAAAAUGAAGGGCAGGGGGGAUGAGACUAGGCUGAUAGCUACCACAGAAAAGAAAUGGCCAUGGUCAGAUGGGAGGCAAUGGACCCCACAGUCAGCGGAGACUUUCGCGGCUUCCCACAAUUCCAAAUUGCGCCACAUCCGCAAGCAGGUGCAUUUCUCUCGAGAACUGGUGGAGACAUCCACGUGGUAGCAGCCUCGAGAAAUUAGGAGAAUAUUCGGCUGGGGAUUGCAUCGAAGGGAUUUUCUGCAUUCCAUCCCCAAAUGUCAGAAUGAUGCCGCUUGGUAAGAGAUAGCAUUCAGUGGCUUGCACUUGGUCAAUUCCAGCAGUGAGCAUCUUUCUGUGGAACAUGGAACUGGCCUCGGGUUUGUCCGUUUGUCGAUUUGAAACGGGAUGGCUGGUGGGGCGGGAUGUAAGAAGAGGGAGGGAGUUGCAGAGGAAAUUCAUAUUCUAGAACUGCACUGAAACGAGCCCUCUGUGAAGCGAGGAUUUGACGCUUUGACUUGGCAAGGCUAGCAUGGCUUCCGGAGGAGGUUUGCCACGACGAAGAAGGCUCUUGGCUAUGGUGGGUGCCCAUGUCGUCAGCUCACUCGAAUGACGGGAACGGAGGUUGUCAGUGAGGAGCUUCUUUGUCCUCGUUCGAGCAACGUGUAGCCGUCGGCUUGUUGGAUGAGUUCGCGUACAAUCGGCUGUCCUCGUGUUACGAUUCGUAAGUGUAGUCAAUGACGAUGGCCGAAGCGAUUGUGGGUGGAGAUGGUGAUGAUGUUGCAUUAUGAGCUUCUAUGGUGUGAUUGACUGAGGAGAUGUGGGGAAGCCUUUAGUUGGCAGGUCAGGGUUUUGGGAUUAGGGAGGGAGAGGAGUCUAGGGUUAUGGAAGAUGGUGAUGAUGGAGCGGGGGUUGGGGAGGAGAGUGAGAAGAGUGUUUGUGUAGCACUCUUGUGAUAAUGCUCGUGGGGCAUCAUUUGAGGGUUUCUGUAUUUGCUUCUAGUUUUUGUGUGAACGUGAGGAUUCUGAGGAACCAGAUUUACACUGGAUUUGCGAAGGGCGAUGCCAGUCAGAGUUUAGCGUGUAAUGAGGCGUUGCAAUUGAUAAUUUAUCGCUUGAUUGAGGCGAUGGCUAAACAUCGUGAGAAAGUGACGAUUACGGAACCGGUUCAUGCGACGGUAGCUUUGGGGAAAUUGAACUUUGGCAGCAAAUCAUUCCAUCAAAGAUUGCCAUUUUUCACUGGGCACAAGACCAAAACGAUUCCACUGGGAGUCAAUUUCACUGGGCCUGAGAAUCAAGAUGCGGCAGAGACGAAGAAAGCUGAGCAGAAGGUGAAAUCCAGGUCGUUGGAGAGCAGUCCUGAAAAGGACACUCCUCCGUCUAGGACCAAGAUUGACGCAGGCAGUGCGGGGAGUGCCAGCUACCAUUGGUUGAGGAAACAGAAAAUUGCUGGUUCGACUACGCCGAGGGCUAACAGCAUGGAGCAUCAACCAAUAGUCAAACCUAAGAAGAUCAAGUUCCCUGACAUGAAAAGAUCCGCAUCAUGGGCGCACUUCGUUGAGCUUUCGCAAGCGGAAGCACGGCAUCUUGAAAUGGAGGUACCAGAUCAAUACGUCUGCGACAUGUCGUCGCUCUUCUUGGGGCAGCGAUUCGCCUCAGGCAAUCACAGUCGACUCUACCAAGGCGUUUAUAAGGACCAAGACGUAGCCGUAAAGCUUCUUAGACUCGAUAGCUGCGAGGAUGCUGCAACUGCCGCCAGGUUGGAGCGCCAAUUCAUGCAAGAGGUUCAUUGUCUCUCCCAGUUCCAUCAUCCCAACAUCGUAGAAUUCGUAGCCGCGUCUUGGAAACCCCCAGUGUGCUGUGUUAUCAUGGAGUAUGUCCCAGGCGGCUCCCUGAGAGCAUUUCUUCAUAAGUACGAGUCCGAAUCAUUGCCAUUGAAAACGAUACUAUCAAUGGCAUUGGACGUUGCUUUAGGGAUGGAGUAUUUGCAUUCCCAAGGCGUAGUCCAUCGAGACCUCAAAUCAGAGAACCUCGUACUUACCGAGGAACUUCACCUCAAAUUAACAGAUUUUGGAGUGGGGUGCUUGGAAACCGAGUGUGAUCUUCGAAGUUCUGAUACAGGGACGUACCGCUGGAUGGCUCCUGAAAUGAUUAGUCACAAGCACUACUCGAAGAAGGUGGACGUGUACAGCUUUGGGAUAGUAUUGUGGGAGCUCGUCACUAGGCUGGUGCCUUAUCAGGAUAUGACCCCUGUGCAGGUUGCGUAUGCUGUGGUGAACAAGAAUUUAAGACCAACUAUUCCUGAUGAUUGUCCCACAGAGUUAGCGGAUUUGAUGGAGCAGUGCUGGAAGGAUAAUCCUGAGCGACGUCCGAACUUCUACCAAAUUGUACAAAUUCUCGAAGACGUGGAGAUGUCGUUGCCUGAGGACCCUCAGCCCCAGCAUCAUCGUUACUCAAGUUCAGCACUAUUUGGGUGAGAUACGUAUUUGGGUUUUAGCAUUGUUUCGUAAGAUCGACUUUGGAGCAAUAUUACUCUUAGUUUACAGACUGUACUUCCAUUCUUUGUAAUAACAUCUCUCAUCUAGAUAGCUUGCACAGAAAAACUAUGAAAGAUUGCUCUACAUAUCGGAUGAUCACCCCGAGAAUGAUCCGGAAAACCUUUUGAAGAGUUUUAUCCAUGCAUUGUAUUUGCUGCUGGAAAACAGCUGUGUUUGCAUUUGAUAUUUCAAUGUGGUGCCGACUUCGGUUUUUGGUGCACCAUGAAUUCUGUGCCUAAA